CAACGCCACACUCUGGGACAACUUCCACCUCAGCAUUUCCCGGGAUGAACUCUACUCCGCCGACGACCCCACCAUCAGCAGGCUCCUGCAGCAGGUCAGCACGCUGCCCAUCACUCACAUUACUCAAAAGGAGGGCGGGACGCAGCUUAAACUUAUCAUCGAGUUUGCUGACGGUGGUCAUGCUCUCUUUAAGCCCAUGAGGUUCCCACGUGAGCAACAGACGCUGAAAAAUCACUUCUAUUUCACCGACUUCGAGCGCCACAAUGCGGAAAUUGCUGCCUUUCAUCUGGAUAGGUUGCUGGGCUUCAGGCGAGCUGUGCCAAUAGUAGGAAGGAACUUGAACAUGACCCGAGAGCUCUAUGCUUUAGCUCAGGGAGAUCUGCUCAAGACCUUCUUCAUUUCUCCUGACGGAAACCUCUGCUUCCAUGGAAAGUGCAGUUACUAUUGCGACACUGCACAUGCUAUUUGUGGAAACCCUGAUAUGCUUGAAGGAUCCUUUGCCAUCUUCCUGCCUGGCAAGGAGGCAGCUCCUCGCAAAGUAUGGCGACAUCCCUGGAGAAGGAGUUACCACAAGCGCCGGAAGGCCCAGUGGGAAGUCGAUGAUGAUUACUGUGAACUGGUAAAAGAGGUCCACCCGUAUAAUGAAGGCCGACGGUUGCUGGACAUCAUGGAUAUGUCUAUUUUGGAUUUCUUGAUGGGUAACAUGGACAGACAUCACUAUGAAACUUUCAAGAUGUUUGGAAAUAACUCAUCGCCCAUCCAUCUUGACCACGGACGAGGCUUUGGCAAACCAUAUCAUGAUGAAAUAUCCAUUCUUGCCCCAUUGUACCAGUGUUGUCUCAUACGACACUCUACGCUUUCAACUUUAUUAAGAUUCCACACUGGGCCACAGCAUCUGAGUGAGGCCAUGAGAGCUUCCAUGAGUGUUGAUCCAAUUAAUCCUAUUCUAUGGGAGCCUCACAUGGUAGCCUUGGACCGUAGGCUUAACAUUAUCUUACAAAUUGUGCGGGAGUGUGUGGAGAAAGCCCAGGAUCCAUUACAUGUCAUAAUAAAUGACUUUCACUAAGACCGUGUUAUAAUUUAUUCAGCACUUCAAUAUACACAAGUGACAAGUGUGUCAGAACAAGAAUAUUUAUAUUUGUAUGUGCAGAAUCAUUUAAUAAUUCAUGGAUAGAAAAGUUCCUGCCUACAGGAAAAAAUGUGUUGUUUUGAUUUGUGUAAAAAAAAAAAAAAAAAAAAAAAAAAAA